UAAAAAUGGCAGCAGCAAGAAGAACUCGAAUUUUCUGCGAGUGCUCCGUAAUUUGCUAUUCUUUCCGCGACCUCUCGAUUUAAAUCCUUUUGAAAGGAACCUGACGAAAAAAUGGAAGGUGCUAACCAAUGUGAUGGAGGUAGUGACGAAGAUUCUUCUUCUUCCUCUCCCCUCCCGAUCUACGUCGACAAUGUCGACAAUGAUGAUGAGCCGACUGAUCUGGAGGAUCGCUUGCAGCAGUUCCGACACAACUGGAAAGAGGAGCUCCGCCGGUCGAAGUCACCCGCGGGAAACGUUGAAGAGGAUAGGGACAGGACAGAAACGAUUGAAGAAAAGUCGAGGCGACUCUUUAUGAAGGGCGUACAAGAGGAACAGAGCGGAAAAUUGCAGAAUGCGGUGCAUUUCUACCGCCUUGCAGUCCAGCUCGUUCCAGAUAUUGAACAAAAGAUUGAGGCAGACCAAUACAUGAGUUACGGUACUAAGAAUAGAGAGAGACAGGAGAGCGAGAGUUCCGUCGACAGCAGCACCGAUACCAUGCUACACAGCAUCGACCUGGAUACAGAUGACGAGGAUAAUUGGGACAUCGAGGACCUGCCAGCGAGGUUCCAGCGCCUCAAGGUCACACAGUAUGUCGUAUGUCACCCCCAGUACGAACAGGCUGAGAUGCAUAUCUCGGACCUACCUGGGGAGUUGUUGGUCUACAUCUUCAAGUGGGUCGUGUCCACAGAGCUGGACCUUAGGAUGCUCGAGGUUCUUACGCAGGUGUGUCGUGGAUUUUACCUGCUUGCAAGGGAUGAGGAGCUCUGGAGGCUGGCAUGCAUCAAAGUUUGGAGCCGAAAGUGUGGCCGGCCGACCCAGUUUGGAUCUUGGAGAAAGAUGUUCAUUAGUCGUCCGCAUCCGAAUUACGGAGGCUGCUACCUGAGCCGCAUGUCGUACUUGCGUCACGGUGAAAAGGGCAUGGACAACUACUACCGCCCUGUCUUCAUCGUGGAGUAUUACAGAUAUAUCCGGUUCUACACGGAUGGUACAGCAGUAAUGGUCACAAGCGCCGAAGACCCAAACAUCAUCGUGAACCAGCUAAACUGCGCCCGACCGGGCAUCUCGGGCAUGUUGUUCGGGCGGUACCAAAUCGUUGGCAACCAAAUCACGGCGGUUUUGAAGCGGCCGAAUAUACAGAACAACCGCAACCGUCGUAACCAGAUUGCUGAUAUCGAGCAGACGUUCCAUCUGGAUUUGCUCAUCAGCGGCAGAAAGAACUUGCGACUGAAAUGGCAGCACUUUGCUGUGCACACGUUGAAAAAGUCGAGCAACCACACCAACAUGUGCGAGUUUGAGUUAACCACGAAUGCCUACCCUACGCUGCAUUUCGCACGUGUCCGCAGUUACUCGACCGUCAGUGAGACCCCUCUGCACUGAAUCGAAAAAUGAAGACGCAGGGACGUUGUAAGGUUGAAAGCUUAUGAGAGUUAUUGCUUAUGAUAGGUUGAGGGUGAUGUAGAUAUAUUGCUUAAAGGGUUGUUUGCCUGAUCUCUGGUGAUUUCAGGUGGGAGGAAGUCAAUGUUGUUGUCUAUCUAGAACAAAGAGGGCAUUCAGGUUUUGUGACAAAUUGAUUAAAAAACCUAGUGUUUAUAGCGUGCAGACUGAAAAUUGCUGUUUCUUCCAGAAGUUUACAUUCAAAAAUAGCUUUUCUGACCGUGUGCAUUUGGAAAACUGCAUCCUGAAAACUUGACAUUUACCGAAAAGUAGCAGUGAUGCACAACACUAGAUUUUUCCCCAGGGUAGGCCUAAUCACUGCUGUAGAGUAAUGCUAUUUCAUGGUGUCAGCUCAUGGCGGUCAGCUAUGACAUUGGCUGCCCAGGGUUGUGUAACAUUACUU